CAAACGAUUAAAGUUUUAGAUUAAAGUGUAACGGGAUAGAACAAGACCAUACUGUGACUGGACAUAAACUGGAAAUAAUCAUGGUGAAAUAUACACUACACUACUUUAACUUGAAAGGGAGGGGAGAAAUCAUCCGCCUGGUACUUACAGCUGCUGGGGUGGACUUUGAGGACCACCGGGUAGAACGCGAAGAAUGGCCCAAACUCAAGCCAACUAUGCCUGCGGGUCAGAUGCCUGUAUUAGAAAUCGAUGGUAAAAAGUACUGUCAGAGUAUUGGAAUAGCUCGAUAUCUGGCUCGGGAAUAUGGAUUGGCGGGAAAAUCCAGCCUUGAUCAGUUAUUGAUUGACCAGGUAGUAGCAACUGUCGAUGAUUUGUUGACUGAGAUGAUCAAACCGGUAUUCGAACCCGAUGAAACAAGAAAGGCUGAAAUGUUUAAGAAACUGAAGGAGGAGACCAUUCCCCGUGUGAUGGGGAUUCUCCAGAACUUCCUGGACGGCAAUGGCGGCACCUAUUUUGUAGGAUCACAGCUGAGCUUGGCAGACAUUUAUUUUAUGGACAUAGUCUCUCGACUUUUCGAUAAACAAGGCGAUGUGUUGAAAGAUCACCCUUCACUAGCAGCCAACUUAAAAAGUACACAGUCCCUACCAAAGAUUGCCGAUUAUCUGGCCAAACGACCUAAAACAGAUCUCUAGGAAACAAGGCAGCAAUAUGUUUAUGUAAUAAUGUGACUUUUUAUCCAUGUGUACUUCUUGUAAUAAAUGUAUUGUUUGAAUA